AUGUCCUGCUUUAAGCUCCCAUCCAGAUUAUGUAAGGAACUGAGCUCAUUAUUGUCAAAUUUCUGGUGGGGAGAGUCUAACGGGAAGAAUAAGGUUCAUUGGUGCUCCUGGAGGAAGCUUAUGCUAAGCAAGAAUAAGGGAGGACUAGGCUUCAAAGAUUUGAUGGCUUUCAAUGUAGCUCUUCUCGGCAAACAGGUUUGGAGAUUGAUAACCCAACCUAAUUUAUUAAUCAGUCAAGUUAUGAGGGCUAAAUAUUUCCCAAGAACGUCUAUUCUUCGAUGCAAAGUCCCUAACAAUGCAUCUUGGCUAUGGAGGAGUCUUAUGGGAGCUAGAGGUUUAGUGGAACAAGGAACAAGAAGAAGGAUUGGAAAUGGCAACACUACCAACAUUUGGGAUGAUGGAUGGAUUCCAAGGAAUAGAGACGGCAGAGUGACUACCAGAAGAGUUAGAGACAAUGGCCUCCAGAAAGUUCACGAGCUGAUACACCAUAAAUCAUGGAAUUCUAAUCUGGUCUUCAAGCAUUUCAAUACCCUAGAUGCUGAAAGGAUCCUGAAUAUUCCUAUAAGUCUAGCAGGGAAGGAAGAUAGUCAUUUUUGGAUUUAUGGGACUGAUGGACACUAUUCGGUCAAAUCGGGGUAUAAAUUACUGGUUAACUGUGCAGAAUUUAGUCACAAUGGAAACAACACAGAGGGUUCGACAAGUUGGGAGGGACCAAACCGAGAAGACAUGGAAGGACUUGUGGAGACUAAAGUGAAAGAUCCGAUAUACGGCAGACUUAAAGUUGGGGAUCCCAUUUGCAGUAGAUGUGGAGAGGAUAGGGAAACUAUCGAACAUAUGCUUUUGAACUACCGCGAAUCUGAAAUGAUUUGGAAGUUAGCUCCUGUCCAAUGGAAUGGAAUUAAGGAACACCAUGGGAGUUUCCGUAGAUGGUGGUUAUUAAUCUUGGAAGCCAAGCACAGAACAGAAGGUUGGUUACAUAUUUCUUUGUCUGUCAAUAUUCUUUGGCAAAUUUGGAAAGCUAGGAAUGAAAUGGAAUUCAAUGGUAAGGAAAAACAGCCUUGGAAGAUAGUACAGAGGGCACAUCAGGAAUGGUUAGAAUUGGUAGAACUUGAUACAAAGGAAUGUGGAAUGAGUACAAACGAAACAGCAACCCUUCAUGCACCCAUACCGCAGUUACAUUCAGCAUUUGGGACACUGGAAGUGAUGGUAGGGGCAACUUUGAACAUGAACAAUCACAACAUGGGUAUUGGAAUUGUUAUUAAUCAGCCUGAUCAAAGAUUACACAGAGGGUGGGCACUUCGAGCAAGAAAUUCUGGUUCAGCACUGCUGGAUGAAGCUAGUGCACUUUAG